GCCCAUCUGUCAUCUAUUUUCAAUUUUUAUUUUGUUUUUUACAUUUAAUUUUAAAGCUUCCCAAAUCACAACCCUAAACCCUUUCCUUCACUCAGUCAUAUAAAAGCUCUCUGCCCCGCGGCGUCCUUUUCUCUAGCAAAGGAGCUGCCAAGCUAGGGUUUCUGCAGCUGCUCCAAUGGGAAAAGGAACAGGGAGCUUUGGGAAGAGGAGGAACAAGACCCACACCCUCUGUGUGAGGUGUGGGCGCCGCAGCUUUCAUCUCCAGAAGAGCCGAUGCGCCGCGUGUGGCUUCCCAUCCAGCCGUAUCAGGAAAUAUAACUGGAGUGUGAAAGCGAUUCGAAGGAAGACGACCGGAACUGGGCGUAUGAGGUACCUCCGUCACGUACCUCGCAGAUUCAAGAGCAACUUCAGAGAAGGCACUCAAGCUGCACCAAGGAAGAAGGGAGCAGCUGCUUCUUCUUAAGGGGAAGAAUGUGAGUUCUUGGAAGAUUUUGGGUACUACAUCUUAAUAUUGGUCUGCAUGAAGCAUCCUUGUCUUGGGAACAUUAUGCAUCCAGCGUCAGACAUUUGUUUAAAAAAUUUUCUUUCCAUUUGACUUGUAGCUUCUUUAAAUUGGAACAGUGAUUGAGGAGGUUAUUGUUAAUUUAAGUUUUGAUUUGCUUGAUGUUUCCUUGAAAA